AUGGCAUACGAAGGAUUCCUCUCUCUCGCUUUCUUACUACUCACCCUCCCUCUCUCUCUCUCUAAUCCUUCUCCGAAUCCUACCUCAUUCCGUGCAGAUCUUCACCACCGUGACUCUGUACAUUCUCCGCUCCACGACCCCUCAGCUUCUCCCUAUGCUCUUCGCAGGCUAGCCAUCGAACGUUCCAUCUCUCGCCACAAUGCCUUGCAAUGGGCGAUCUCCAGUAAGUACUCACCGUCGGGUCUUAAAACCGAGAUCAAGCGAACAGUAGGUGAGUACCUUAUGAAUAUCACCUUAGGGACACCACCCCAACCCUUCUGGCUAAGUUUUGACACAGGGAGCGAUGUUCUAUGGACUCAAUGCGAGCCUUGUGAGGACUGCUUCGAACAAGAUGAGGAGAAGUUCGAUCCCGAGCAUUCAUGCUCAUAUGUCGCGAUCAACAACACGGCCCCUUUAUGUCAAGCCUACCACCAAGGUACCCCAACCGAAAACCCCUGCCCCUAUGAGGUCUCGUACUCUGAUAAUUCAAAGAGUAAAGGCGAACUUGCAACCGAAUCCUUCACUUUCGAGAACUCGAGAGGCGAUGCAACUCAGCUCAGUGGAAUUGGUUUCGGGUGUGGCCACGAAAACACUGGGGAGUUUGCCCCUGAAUUGGCAGGCGUCGCGGGGCUUGGGGGAGGGCCCCUCUCGCUUGCCUCGCAGUUGGCAACUGUAGGUGCGGGCAAGUUCUCGUAUUGCCUGACCUUAGGCAUCGCCACUGAUGCCAUAGGCCACUUGAUAUUCGGAGAUAAUCCCGUGAUCGAUGGGCCAAACACUAAGAGAACAGAGAUAAUAAGGGACCCUAACAAUCCGACACACCAUUUCCUAAAGCUUGAGGACAUUAGCGUAGGCAAUAAGAGGCUCAAUGUCCCUCCAGGAGCAUUCGACAGUGGAGGGUUCGUAAUUGAUUCCAGCUCCACAUUAAACUAUCUGGCAUAUGAAGUAUAUGGACUACUAACUGAUGAAUUGAAAGCUGUGAUCCAAUUAGAGGCGGCAAACGACCCCUCAACUGACCCCAAGUUGCUCUUGGAGCUCUGCUAUAAGAAACCUAACAACUUUGACGGGAUCCCUGAUAUCACUUAUUAUUUUUCGGGAGGUGCCGAUUGGAAAAUUUCACCCCAGAACUUUUUCCCAGCCAUGAGUGAAGAUGUGAUAUGUUUGGCUCUUCUCCCUACUGAAGAGGUCUCCAUUAUGGGGAACUUGGCUCAGCAGGACAUGGUUGUGCAGUUUGAUGUCAAGGAUAAUAUGCUUUCUUUUGCCCCUGCUGCUUGCCUUCUUUAG